GAACACCUCAACAUUGCCCUGUUUCAAAAUGGUGCGGUAGGGUGUUGCCUUCCUUAAACGAAAUAUAAAUUAAUUUUUCAAAAUUUUUCACCAUUUUAGCUCAUAAGUAAUUAGAAAUGUCGUUUUAAUUUAUUUAAAUUAAUUUCGUUUCGUAUUUCUACGUAAAAAGUGCAUUUUCUCAACGUAAAAAAUGACCGGUGUGCUUCAAAGUAUCAUGGACGGAUUCUGGAGCGAGGAUAUCUGGCUGCCGCCUAACACGACGUGGAAAGAGAUCGCCCCCGGCUCGAGCGAGGAAAUCCACUAUUCCAAUUCGAAGCAUUUAUAUAUUCCAAUUCCUCUCGCAUUCCUCAUGCUCGUUCUGAGAUACUGUCUGGAGCACUAUUGGUUUGCUCCGGUCGGCAUCUCGCUCGGCAUCAAGAGUUAUAGGUCGAAGAAGGCACCCCCGAACACCGUCUUGGAGAAAUCGUACUCGCUACACAAGAAACUAAAUCACAAACAAAUUCAGGGAUUAGCGAAACAGUUAGACUGGACCGAGCGAAAGGUCGAGCGAUGGCUGCGUUUGCGUCGGAGCCAAGAUAAACCGUCCACUUUAGUGAAAUUUUGCGAGAACGCUUGGCGUUGCCUCUACUACCUCUGUAGCUUUAUUUUCGGUCUAGUCGUGCUAUGGGAUAAGCCGUGGCUGUGGAAUAUUAACGAGUGCUGGUUCACAUAUCCGCAUCAGAGCGUCGAGGCGGGCAUGUGGUGGCACUACAUCAUAUCGUUGACCUUCUACUGGUCGCUUUGCUUUAGCCAAUUCUUCGACGUGAAACGCAAGGACUUCUGGCAAAUGUUCAUACAUCACAUCGCGACCAUCGUCCUGAUGUCGUUCUCCUGGGUGACGAACCUGCACCGAAUCGGCAGUCUGGUCCUGAUCGUGCACGAUUGCGCCGACAUCUUCCUGGAGGCGGCGAAAAUGGCCAAGUACUCCGGCUACCAGAAGAUAUGCGACGCGAUAUUCGCGAUUUUCACAGUGUUGUGGAUCGCGACGCGACUCGGCGUCUACCCGUUUUGGAUUAUUCGAAGCACGUCGAUCGAGGCGCCCAAAAUCGUCCCCAUGUUUCCGGCGUACUACAUUUUCAAUGGACUCCUAAUCUUACUGCUCGUACUUCACAUAUUUUGGACUUACUUGAUAUUGAAAAUCGCCUACAACUCGUUGAACGCCGGUCAGAUGGAGGGCGACAUCCGAUCCAGCAGUUCCAACUACAGUACCGACUCCAAAUCUCAAUAACAAUAAUUGCGUUUUUCGCUUUAGCCUGUUUGUUGUUAUAAUUUGUUAAGCUUUCCUUUUUUUGUUAAAAAAAAGACUUAGUGUAAUUGCUUGUUGCGGAACGGAAGGACACUUGUAUGUGCAUACGGAACCAAAGUACGAUUUUUACAAUUUCUAGUACAAUUCUCUUAAGGCUUCAACUAUUUAAACGUCUCUCGCUUGUUAAAUCUUCGACAAGUCGACAACUUUCACAUUUUUAGAUAUAUUUCGAAAAUACAUUGUAAGAUUGCGAUACCAUCACUUAAUGCAUUUAACUCAUAUCGUAAUGGUCUUUGUUCAACUAGUAAAAAAUGGUAAUAAAACGAAAUGGUGUAAU